AUGAAAAUUGGCACAAAUCUUGGGAACGUUAGCGAUCCUCCACUUCGUGUAAAUGAUUCAGUCUGGCUCAUUACCCUAUGCUAUAUUCCGACCAAUGGUAGCCGUGCACAAUCUACUUUAAACGUAGGCUCUUCUACUGACAAAAUUAAAUAUGAGGAUAACAUUAGUAUCCUCGAUGAGGACAUUAAAUUGGAUGGAUUUCCAACAAUGAAUGGGGAUGUCGGUGUGAGGGAAUUCUAUCGUCAGCUUUAA